UCACGGCACACAUUUGAUACACGGAAAUAGGGUAAACAUGUGAUUUUGCCUAAACAAACGCAUUUCAUGAAGCUUGAAUUUCUAUAGACACUAAGUUGCAUAUAAUUCAGGCUAUUGGUGUGCCUAUCACUAAAUUUCACUCUGUCCUGCCUCGAGUGUAUUUCAAAAGUAAAUGUCUUCAUUGCCACCUUUCAAUGGUAUCACCUAUUUGAGGGAUAGCAAUUUUGCCUUACCACGGAUUAUAGCCCAUGGUCCAAGGCCAAAAAAUGGCAAAUUAUGGUCCAGCCAACACAUAACAAUAAAGUAUUGAAAGAAACAAAGUAGCAUUGCAUGACUGUAUCAAUUAGCAUUCUAUACAUCUGUAGAUUCGUAAUUCGAAAAGGGGUUGUAUAUAUACGGUUGUAGCUGAACAGAAGAAAUUUCUACAUGAACAAUUGAAGUUAAGUUUGUAACGGGUUAAGGGUGGAUCUAAUAUUACACAGACACAGAAUCAUACAAUCGUUGAGCUUCUCGAGACAGUUCGUUGGUUUUGAAGGUGGUUUUGAAGGUAGUAGAAUAAAUUAACUUGUAGAAUUAUAGGUGCUCAGCUUUUUGACUCCCAUUUUUUCAGUAAGACUUUGUCAGGCUGUCUCCUUUGGGCUUUUUUGUGGUGUGGGUACUAUUAAAUGGUAUUCACAAUUCCAAGAAUGAUGUGUUUCUACAGUAGUAUAGAUUGCUGAUGUCACGGCCUCUAAGAAUGCUCUUUUAUAUAACGAACAAAUACUAUUAUAUAAGUACUUAUAUGGUGGUUUUCAAAAUUUCAGGAAUUGUUUUUCCCCAUAUAGGUAUAGUAGCCAGUUUUGUAUUAUAAUUAUCGGUCAGUGAAUUUAGUUUCAUUUCACUGCUGCUUUGGCGAUCACAGCUAAUGGUGCAUUAGAUCUAUAGCUAUACAAAAACUGACUGUGUUCAAGUAGUGUGUGUGGCCAAGAUCAUUCACUGACAGGAAGUUUUUGUGAACUUAAUUGCUGUAUCGAUUGUUGAUCAUGGGAAUUCGGACCUUAACCACCUACAUGAACGAGAAGGGGCACUUCGAGUUUGUAACCCUGAAAAAAGUUUCCAGUAGGAUUGUCAUUGAUGGAUUUAGCUUGUCCUAUCAACUGUUUUGUGGAAUUGGAUGGGGUGAUUAUUGUGAGUUUUAUGAGAAGGUUCUAGAUUUCUUUACAAUGCUAAAAUCUAUCGGAAUCGAGGCCUAUGUGGUAGUCGAUGGUAUUGAUUAUGAAAAUGAAAAGGCAGCAACUAGUGAUGAUCGAGUUUUACAGCGACUUAGGAUGUUGAGUAGGGCCAAAUCUCAGAUUGAACAGCUUAAAAAGAACAAGAUGAUUGUUCCUAAUCUGGCAAAAGUUGUGUUUGUCGAUGCUGUUCGUAAAACCAUUGGGGCUAGGUUCUUUGUUGCCGAUGGUGAAGCUGAUCGAGAUGUGGUGUCACUUGCAAAUCAUCUUGGCUGUCCCGUCUUAGGUUUGGACUCGGAUUUCUUCAUUUUUAACAUAAACCACGGACUGAUUCUCAUACCGCACAAUUUACAAGACCUUAAAACAGAGGUGCAGUAUUUUCACUAUCAGAAAUUUGAUCGAACAUGCAGCUUUAGCCACCCUCAAAUUCGCCUUUUCUUACCAUACUGUCUUGGCAACGACUUUCACGGUCGCCAUGCACUACCUGAGCUAGGAAUUGAUCAGGAGGCUAAAGUAGAGUUAAUAGUUGAAAAGCUUAAUAACUCCUCUUUAAACAUUGAUGAUUAUCAAGGAGAACUCGCUAGUGAUCGUAAGUUUUAUGAAGUUGUCCCUCAUUCAUUUGAAGACCUGUCUCAACACUCAGCAUUUAGUACAUCAGUCCCUCAGUGGAUUGUAUCUCGUUUCAAAAGAGGAGAGUUUUCGCGCAAUGUAAUGCAUUUCUUGGUAGGCCAUAUUCUGAAGGGGAGCAAAAUCUGGAAUUAUCUACUAGUUGUUGAAGAUAUGAAGAGAGAGUCUGCUUGGAAAGUGACCAAUUCGGUCCUUCUGUAUGCUAUUGGUGCUCUCAUUAGUUGCUAUGAAAGUGGCAGUAUCCCUGAAAUUAUUGUGAGGGUCAGGCAAAAAUCGCUGUGUAAAUUAGAAGAACGCAACGUUUCCUCCUCGCUCAAUGAGAAGCAUUUAGAGAUUCUUGGAUCACACAAUUUGUUGAAUAUUCCUGAUAUGCCCAAAAUAAAACAAAGAGACAUCGUUUUACGUGUAUUUCAGUGCAAGCAAAUUUCAGCGGAAUUGGAGAAUGUCUCUGAAGAUCUGAAAUUAGCAGUAGUUGCAAGCCGGUGUUGGUUGAUGGCUAUUCACUCAAGUGUGGACCAUCGAUUCAAGGCUUUCAUUUUGGCUCUAAUUCUCUGCCUUCAAAAGUGUCUCUGUAAAGGCAGUGAUGAAAUUAAGGAUUGCCGUAACCAAAUGAAGGCUCUUGAUCGGAUCCACUACUUAGCUCAAUGGGAAUGCAUGCUUCACCUUGCCAAUACUUUCAACCAGAUCCUCGGCUGCCCUUUUACCUACACAAGCCUGGGUCGUAUGUUCUCUGCAACAGUAUUUCAAAGAUUUUUCGUGAACUUACCCGAUCCUCUCUACUCAAUGCUUGACGAAGAAGGGAGGAUUAUGUACAAUGCAAUAACGAAAGAGCUUCUCCCGGAUGCACCAGUCGAACCUGUUCGCCAAGCCCAUGCUGUUCGAUUACAAUAUUCGAUCCCUACUCAGAACAGAUUUGCAUCAUUGUCUAACUUUGUGGAUUGAAUUCUACAGCAUCUAAAUCACUGCAUGUUUAUCGAUAGUGAUCAUGAGCAAUUAAUGUAACAAUAGUAUCACGAUACAUUAGAUAUUCAUAGAACCCCGUUUUCUAUGGCUACAUUUAUUUUAAUUGUUACUUCAUAGCGUGCAUUAUUAAGUUAUGGUCAGGUGACUAUAUACAAGCUGA